CCGACUGUCAUUUUCGAUUGUCAGGUUGUUUAUGUAUUUUAUUUUGAUAGCAAUUGCACAACUUUUCAAAAUUUGCAUUUUUAAUAUUUUCGUAAAAUGGCAGGUUCCAUGAUUUUGGCAGGACUGGGAUUGGCCGCACUAGGCUUCGGAGGCAGAGCGUUGAUGCGGCAAAUGCCGAAUGCAGCAAGCAAAAUGCAAGAAGCAAUACAAAGUUUGCCCAAGUUCGAUGCGGAAUCGAUGGCUAGCUCCAAGUACUAUCGUGGAGGAUUCGAACCAAAAAUGAACAAACGAGAAGCUGCCCUUAUAUUGGGUGUAAGCCCUUCGGCAUCUAAAAUGAAGAUAAAAGAUGCACAUAAAAAGAUCAUGCUUCUGAAUCACCCAGAUAGAGGAGGAUCGCCGUAUUUAGCAGCCAAGAUCAAUGAAGCGAAGGAUUUUCUUGAUAAUGCGAAAUAAGGAAGACAAUCACUGAUUAUUUUAUGUACAUAGUACCCCUAUCCUUUGUUCAAGUUUAAUCUAAUACACAAAUAAUGAUGAA